UCUGGGCCUCCGGAAUUGCGGCUAGCCCCGGUAUCGCACGGCGGGGCCCGCUUUUAGACGAGCGUAGUUGCCCCGCAAACCCGGCCGCGCCGGUUGGCGCUCAUGCAGUUCAGGUUAUGGGACGACAGGUAGUGCGACGGUGGCAGCGCUUGCGCGCCGUUGAUAUAAACCCACUCCUGUCUUGCCUUUUCUAAGCCCUCACAGAUUUCACCAUGUCGCAUUACAGCGAGAAGGACGAGUUUCACAAGCAAGCCAAGGCUGAGAUCCACCACUCGGAGCGCGAUGAUCGGUCAUCCCCCGACCCAUACCAGGAGCGGCCGGAGGACCUCGAAGAUCACCGCUCGCGCCAGGUCGACAUCGACCACGGCUUCGACCCCAUGGAGGUUAACAGCACCGUGCGCAAGGUCGACUUCCGGCUUAUCCCCAUUCUUUCAGCGAUGUACUGCAUCUCGCUGAUCGACCGUACGAAUCUGUCGCUCGCACGUGCAGCCAACAAGCUCCAGAUGAACAUUGACCUGGACCUUGCCAAGGCCGACGGCUCUUCGCAUGGAAACCGCUACGGCCUGGCCACUAUCAUGUUCUUCAUUCCUUACAUCAUUCUUGAGGUACCCUCUCAGCUCGGUCUACGAAAGUUUGGCGCUAGGUGGUGGCUCGGGACGGCGACCGUGCUCUGGGGCUUUGUCAUGAUCGGAAUGGGCUUUGUCAAGAACUGGCAGUCGCUUGUGGCUUUGCGCGCCGUCCUUGGUGUCUUCGAGGCCUGUCUAUUCCCAGGCGCGGCCUUCCUCAUCUCCUGUUGGUACCCUCGUCACCAGAUGGCGAUGCGUAACUCGUUUUUCUACUGCCUAUCGAUCGUCCUGUCCGGUCUUUCGUCAAUCAUGGCCUGGGGUAUCUCGCAGCUACACAAGAGGCAAAAUCUCCACGGCUGGCAGUGGAUUUUCAUCAUCCAGGGUGCUCUUACAGUCUUUGUUGGCUGCAUGGGCUAUCUUUUCAUCACCGACUUCCCCGACAAGGCCCACUUCCUCUCCGACCACCAGAAGAACAUCAUCAUCACACGUAUCCAACGCGACCGCGGUGAUGCCGAGGUGGACAAGCUCACCAUGCCCUUGUUCUUGGAGUACAUUACCGACUUCAAGCUGUGGCUCUUCGGAUUUUUCUUCGGCUCCACGACGCUGGGCUCGUACUCCCUCGCGUACUUCCUUCCAGGCAUUCUCGGGCAAAUGGGUUUCAGCAAUGCGCUCGCUCAAAUCCUUGUGGCUCCGCCCUACGUGUGGUGCAUUGCUCCCUGUGUGGCCGUGUCCAUCUUUUCAGACAGGACCCGCAUGCGCGCCGCAGGUGUCUCGUUCAACGCUAUCUGCCUCAUCGUCGGCACCUGUAUGUAUUCGCAGCUGCCUCACGCGCAAAAGGCGGCCCGCUACGCUGGCAUCUUCCUCGCUAUCGGCGGAUGCAACAGCAACGUCCCUCUCAUCCUCGCGUGGGCGCAGUCUUCUAUUCGUCGGCAGUCGAAGCGCGGCUUUGCGUCGGCUCUCAUUGUCGCUUGGGGAGGCGUCGGAGGCAUUCUCUCCGGUGUCGCAUUCAUGGAGAAGGAGGCCAAGAAGGGUUACCCGACUGGAGUGUAUCUAACCCUGGCGCUCAACACCUGUGUCGUGCUUUUCAGCAUGUCACUCAUGCUCUACUUCAAGUGGAUGAACCGCCGGGCUGACCGGGGUCUGGUCGUCAUCGAGGGCUCGCCGGCUUUCCGUUAUCAGGGUUAAAGAAGGGAGGGUCGUGCAACAGAGUGCGGAGUGCAUUGGUUGUGCAGCAGGUAUACUGUAGGGAAGCAUCGUCAGUACUGUAGUUUUCGGGAUGAAUUGAGGUAACCUAG